AUGAAGCAGCAGAAAGUCCUCUUCCUCCCCCCCUCACCCACUCCUCACCUCCCCUCACCGUCCUCCCCCCUCCUCCCCCCUACUCACCCCUCCUCUCCCCCUCCUCACGCCCUCCUCACUCCCUCCUCACCCCUCCUCACUCCCUCCUCACCCCGCCUCACUCCCUCCUCCCCCCUACUCACCCCUCCUCACCCCCUCCUCACCCCGCCUCACUCCCCCCUCCUCUCCCCCUCCUCACGCCCUCCUCCCCCCUCCUCACCCCUCCUCUCCCCCUCCUCUCCCCCUCCUCACGCCCUCCUCACGCCCUCCUCACGCCCUCCUCACUCCCCUCCUCCCCCCUACUCCCCCCUCCUCACCCCUCCUCUCCCCCUCCUCACGCCCUCCUCACUCCCUCCUCACCCCCUCCUCACCCCGCCUCACUCCCUCCUCCCCCCUCCUCUCCCCCUCCUCACGCCCUCCUCCCCCCUCCUCUCCCCCUCCUCUCCCCCUCCUCACGCCCUCCUCACCCCGCCUCACUCCCUCCUCCCCCCCUACUCACCCCUCCUCUCCCCCUCCUCUCCCCCUCCUCACUCCCUCCUCACCCCGCCUCACUCCCUCCUCCCCCCCUACUCCCCCCCUCCUCACCCCUCCUCUCCCCCUCCUCACGCCCUCCUCACUCCCUCCUCACCCCCUCCUCACCCCGCCUCACUCCCUCCUCCCCCCUCCUCUCCCCCUCCUCAUGCCCUCCUCCCCCCUCCUCACCCCUCCUCUCCCCCUCCUCUCCCCCUCCUCACCCCUCCUCCCCCCUCCUCACCCCUCCUCUCCCCCUCCUCACCUCUUCCCCCCUCCUCCCCCCUCCUCCCCCCUCCUCACACCUCCUCCCCCCUCGUCACCCCUCCUCUCCCCCUCCUCACCUCUUCCCCCCUCCUCCCCCCUCCUCACCCCUCCUCUCCCCCUCCUCACCUCUUCCCCCCUCCUCCCCCCUCCUCACCCCUCCUCUCCCCCUCCUCACCUGGGCCACUUAUCUCUGACUCAGAGAAGGUCAAAGCAAAGACACAAACAGCCCGAGUCCUGAACCUGGAGUGGAUCUGUCCUGAAGGAUGUCCGCAUGACUGGACCAGCGACAGGAAGCUUCCGGACCGUUCCGGACCGUUCCCAAGGUGA